GGUACUGGAGUUGGGUAAUUUGAAUGCCGAACGCGAUUGGGGUUUCGCCGGGGACUAUGUCCGUGCCAUGUGGUUAAUGCUGCAACAAGAUAAACCGGAAGACUUUGUGAUUGCGAGCGGUGAGAAACACUCAGUCCGCGAAUUCACCAAUUUAGCUUUCUCUCAUGUGGGAAUUCAAUUACGGUGA